AUGGAAAGCACUCGGAGCCACAGCCGCUCACGCCGCUUCCAUCCUCCUCCACCAACACCGCCACGACAACAGUCCCCGUCCCCGAAACUCCUGCGAAGCAGAAGCGGGUCCGAAAACAAGUCAAUUAGUUCAUUGAACUCCAGCCAAAGAUUCACCGGCCGUUCCCAAUCAACUUCAAAAUCAAGAAUCAAGAAAAACGGAGAGAAUCCUGCUUCAGUGACCAUUGAUUAUAGUAAGUCUAACAUUACUCUUCAUUGUAGUACUAGUCCUAGAGACGGUUUUGUUAGGUUUUUAAGGCGUGGCAGCGAAAGCAAUUCUGGUGCAACAAAGAAGGCAAAAUCGUCAGCAAAAUCUCCCUCCGCCUGGGCACUAUCGCCCGGCCGGUCAUCUCCACGCGUGUCGCCGCUAGAGUCGUCUGUUGCAAGUUCAACUGCCCCGAAAGGGAAAUCCGGUAGUGGUGGUGGAGUGAGCGGGGUUUUGAGGUAUUUUAAUCAAAAGAAGGUCUCGAAAGUACAAGAAGGGGAGUAUCAUCGAUUUAGGGUUUUGCAUAGUAGGUUGUGUCAAUGGAGGUUCGUGAAUGCUAAAGCUGAGUCUGCCAUGGAUGCUUUGAAUAUAGCUGCACGGGAUAAAAUACUAGGUGUAUGGCUAAGACUUUUCAAAAUGAGGAAUUCCAUAAAGGAAAAGCAAAUUCACUUGCAGAAAUUAAAACACAACAUCACACUAGACCAAAUUCUGCUCCCUCAAUUGUAUCUGCUCAAUGAAUGGGCAAAGUUGGAAGGUAGAAACUGUGAAGCAGUGAGCAGGUUAGCAACAAAACUCUCAGGAUUGUCACUCAAAAUCCCUUUAGUCCAUGGUGCUAAGGCAGAUUCAGCCUCCAUCUAUGAAGCAAUGAGCACAGCCUUGAAAGUCAUGGAUGACAUAGAAACAACAGUCAAUGCAUUUUUCUCCCAGGUUGAGAAAAUUCUGUUUUUGGUUACGGAGUUGAUGAGCGCAUUGGAGCAUGGACAAGAGUGCUUGGAAGACACACAGAAGCUUAUGGCCAUGGUUGCAGCAUUGGGGGCCAGGGAGAUGAGCGUGAGAGUGCACCUAAUUCAAGCCACCAGCGAAUCAAGGGGAGAUAAUUAA